AUGCAUCGAAUAACCUGGAAUCGAAAAUCCAAGCCAUUUUUCUUCCGUAUGCUUAUCUAUGGAGUCCUUUUUCAACUUUUCAUUAUGAUGUUCGUCUUUAGAUCUAGUUCUAAACUUGAAGAAUCAGAAUUCCGUGACUACGACCAUGAGAACAACUACAUGAAUAAGUGUUCUCUUCCAGUUUACGAUUUUUGGGAUUCAAAAGUGAUGAGAUAUGUGGAUUAUAACUACGACCCAACUAACAAAUGUGAUAAGAAUUUCAAGCAGUAUACGAAAUUGGUCAAUGGUAGCUGGGGGAUUGUAGAAGAGAGGAAAGGAACAAAUUGUUCAGCGAGAUGUAUAGAAGGAAUUGACGACUGGAAUCUUCGACUCUCCGAUUGGAUGAAAUCAGAAGCUGUAAACUGUGAAUUCCUUGAGGCUGUCUGCUGGGAAGAUGACACCGAAGUCUAUGGAUACAUUCAUACACAAAUCAUACCAAAACAGCCUACAACCCCGAAAACCUCAACAGAUCAGCCAAGUGUUUUUGUAUUUCUUUUUGAUUCAAUGAGCACUGGAUCAGCAAAACGAUCGUUCCCCAAAACCCUAUCGCUCCUUUCUUCUCGUCUAGAUUCUGUUGAAUUCCCAUUUGUAAACAAAGUUGGAGAGAACAGUAUGCCGAAUGGGUUUUCACUGUGGUUUGGUAUGUCUUCCUGUUUGGUUGUGGCUACAGUUUUUUUUUCAGGAAAGUUAUUAGAGCCAGUUCUUGGAAAGAACUACGGUGGGGUCGAUGUAGAGGCGGAUUGGAACUCAACGUCAUAUUGUUAUACUCAUUUGAACGGAUCGAUUUUUGGAGAGUUCGAAAAACAUGGAUACAUGACGCUUAAUAUCGACGACUGGAAUGCACAAAUGGUCAACUAUCCGGACUGCAAAGGAUUCAAAGAUCCGCCCACUCAUCACUACAUGCAUCCAUUCUAUAUGGCUAACGAUCAGUUUGCGACCAGUAUCACCAAAAAGCACUUGAAGGGGAAGUUGUUGUGUAGAGAAGAACGACAUCCAGCGUUUGAGUAUUUUCAAGACUUUGUGAAUACUUAUAAAGACAAACCAAUGUUCACCUGGACGUGGAUCAACACUGCUGGGCACGAUGAUUUCAACGGAUUGAUGAGAGUAGAUAAAGAGAUGGUGGAGAUUAUUGAGAAGAAUAUGGAGACGUUCGAAAACUCUUUCUUCAUUUUCAUGGGAGACCAUGGAUUCCGUAUGGGAAUGAAGAAGUUCAUGGAGACUGCUAUCGGCGGUGUAGAGAUUAGCAACCCAUACCUUUCGAUUUCAAUUCCAAAGAAGCUUCGAAAGGAUCAAUCAGUUUUGGAAAUAAUGAGAGAAAACUCCAAGAAACUCCAAACUCAUUUUGACACUCGAGCCACUCUCUUGGAUAUUUUGAAGCACCAGCCAUCGGCAUCGUUCACGGAUCGGUCCCUUUUGGAAAUUCCUGGGGAAAGAGGAAACUCUUAUCUUCGUCAUCAACCAGCAUUUCCAAGAACAUGUGGGAGCCUUCCAAUUCCACCGGAAUACUGUAUCUGUCAAAUAGAGAAAACUCCAGUUACAGAUGAGAACCUCCGGGAGCGAUUUGGACACAUGCUCAUCGACCAUAUUCAUGACAUGUUGGACCAUUCAAACUAUACAUGGAUGUGUGAGAAAUACAAGUUCAGAGAGACUAUAUCUUUUUUCCACUAUGGUCGUGCCAAUAAGUCUGAUUCCCCAAAUAACUACGAGAUUACUGUAAUUGCCGAUUUUCCAAGUUAUGCUCAAUUUCGGGCAAUCUUGGCACAUGAUAAGAAAGCAAGCCAUGUGUCAUUUGGAAACAUUGUGAGAUUGGACAGAUACUUAAAAACUGGAAGCUGUACGAAUAAUAGUAAAUUUGAGAAAAUGUGUUUUUGUAAAAGUUUGACAUGGACCGAGAGAUGGACGUAUCUAGUGGAUAAGAAAAUGAGAGAGAUGGAUGACACACUAGGAUAUUAUUUUCCUUUUUUACUUUCUUGA